AUGAAUUUCUCUAUUUUCCUUUACUUUUCCCUAUUCUCUCUGGGCUACUCUGUGACUCAAAAAUCCUGUCCCCGAGGUUUUGAGCUUUAUAAAAAUAAAAAAUGUCUGAAAUUCGCACAAACCUCUCUGAAACAUUUGGAAGCUGAGCAACAAUGUAGGAGCUACGGAGGACACUUGUUUACGGUCAAUAAUGCAAUUGUAAGAUUUUUGAAAUUUGAAAUUUUUGAAUUCUCGCUAAACCGCAAAAUCCGAAAAUUCCAGGACAACCGUGCUAUCAACGAUUUGGCAUCGAAUCAUGGAUUGGCAUACAUUUGGAUGGGAAUGUAUUGUUUCGGGAAUCAAACGAAUCUUUGCUACCUGGACGAUGGAUCUGGGCCAAUUAAAUACAGUAAUUUCAACCCAGGAUUUCCAAGGAUUGAUACAGAAAGAAGUGGAUGCGUUUUCAUGGAAACGUUUGGAAAUGACAUCGGAAGAUGGUCCACCUCUCCGUGUGAAUGGACUGGGCUGUGGUAUGUGUGUGAAGCGCCGACUACUGUAGAUGACCCCCACCCAGACUGUAUCCACAACUACGAUGGCAACUGCUACUACCCAUCUUUUGAACUCAAUAUUCCAGUGAUGAACAGAACAUUCUACGCAACCGAAUCCAUUUGUCAUACCCAUUCCAUGGAACUCCUCUCAAUUCACUCUAGAGAAGAAGUCGACUAUAUAAAAUCCCUUUACAAUGGCACUGACAUCAACCAAGUCUCUUUAGGAGCCCAUGCAAUUGUCCCUGAUGAAUUUGCAUGGACCGAUGGGACCAAAUUUAAAUACGAGAAUUUUGAUCCAUUGAGUACUGCAAAGGGAAAUUGUUUGACCAUGAAUGUGGGGAAUGAUAGAGAGGAUAAUGGGAUGUGGUAUCAGACAAUUUGUCAAACAAUUCAGGACUUUGUAUGUGUGAGGAAAGCAGGGAAGGCUACUGUAGGUGUGGAGGAUGAGGUGGAAGCGGCAGAGGACCAGGAUUUGGAAGAGGAAAACGAAAAAGUUGUUAAUCCAAAAUUCCAAAUGGUCAAAUCCUCCAAGACCAUCAACCUAGCGGAAGUUUCCCACUGCAACACAACCCUCUUCUUGGCGCCAGGAACAAUUACUUCAAUCGACUACCCAAAUCAAUCACCCCGAUCAAUGCUAUGCACCUGGAAGAUCGCUGUCCUCGGUGCCUUCCGUCUUGGCUUAUAUUUCACGGAUUUCUCAGUUUAUGAGCCGGUAUUUGUUUAUAGUAGUAAUGGCACCCUGUUAUCUUUUAAUCAGUUUGAUCAUGAUCCAUUUAGUGUACUAGCACCCAGUAAUGUGAUAACGAUAACUCACGACUCUGUGAAAGAUGCACAAUAUCAGAAGCAUGGAUUUAGUGCUACGAUAUUGCCGUUUUAA